GUUGUUCGUCUAGUCGUCUAGUCGUUGUCGAAAAGUUGUCAAAAGUAAACUUUCGUCUCUAACUUUAGUGCAUUUGUUUUGUGUUGUGUUGAUUGCCAACUUGUCAAGACAUAAUUUGUACACUUUUUGAAUUUAUACUAUUUUGUUUAUUUUUUAAUUACUGAAGUAACUGAACUCUGUGGGCAACUGGUGAAUUAACCGCCCUUUUGCUCCAAAGAAGCCAAACAUACCAUACAAAACAGUUAACAAUAACAGUGUCUACAGUUAAAUGAACACAUGACUGUACCGUUCCAACUCUUUCCUCUGGCUUAGAUAUGGAAGCUGCUGAAAGAAAGCAAGUUUGCAAAAGGAGAGAUGCUGUAUUCCCACCAAGCCCGGUGGAUGCAAAUGACUCUCAACAAUUAGGACCAUUACCGUCAACCUCAUAUGAUAAGGGUGCUUCAUGUAUAGUUCCACCUGAAGGCACCAAAGUCUCAAGAAACAUUGUGAAGCGUGCAGGUCCGUAUCUGCUAGGACCAACUCUGGGUAGUUCACCAGUCAAGAGCAUUGUCCAGUGUCUCGCACGCCAGGAGGGUACUGACAACUUCUUUACACUCAAGUUACUGAUUCUGAAGGGUGGGACUGAGGAGACUCAGGAUGAACGUCAAGGCAAGAUGCUGCUUCACACAGAGUACUCACUGCUGUCGCUCUUAUCUAAUCAGGAGAAUGUUGUACACCAUCACGGAUUCUUUAAGGACUUAGCUCUGGAGGAGAAGCUGACCAGAGAUGGACCAGUGUAUACAGGGAGGGUGAGAACGAGGUUAUGUCUAGUGCUAGACUGUCUCUCUGCUCACGACUUCUGUCCCCGCACAGCUGAUCUAAUCAACCUUCAACAUUACGUCAUCAGAGAGAAGAAGCUCUCAGAGAGAGAAGCAGCUGUGAUUCUUUACAACACAGUCGACGUUGUCCGCAGUUUACAUGAGAGAAACAUUGUCCAUCGAGACCUGAAACUCGGCAACAUAGUAUUGAACCAGAGGACGCACCAGGUUACUUUGACCAACUUCUGUUUGGGCAAACACCUGGCCAGUGAGCAGGACCUGCUGAAGGACCAGCGGGGCUCUCCUGCCUACAUCUCUCCUGACGUACUGUGCGGCAAACCUUACAUAGGUAAACCGUCAGACAUGUGGGCUCUUGGUGUAGUUCUGUUUACAAUGCUGUACGGUCAGUUCCCGUUCUAUGAUUCUAGUCCGACACAGUUGUUCAACAAGAUAAAGGCUGCAGACUACACGAUACCUAAUGAUGGCAGGGUGGGAGAGAACACAAUGUCACUGAUACGCAGACUGCUGGUGCUAGAGCCGUCACAGCGUAUGACAGCGUCGGAGGUGCUUGACAGCCUCAGUGUUAUAAUCGCCACCUCGAGGAGCCUCAUGGCGCCCCUAGAACCUCUCCAGGUUGUUCCUGAUAUUGAUGAAAUUAAAGAGGAGCCUCAGGUUGUUGAACCUCAACCUGUCUUUGAACUUGAGAGGAGCUGUGAUUGGCUCCACAAGCUGACUAAUAAUGUUACCAGACCUCCGGUAUCCUACCAGAAGACCUUGGUCAGAAGGGUUGGUCAGAUACCGGUCCAACGCAUAGGGGAGGAUGCCAGAGAAUUGACCCCUGUAGAUCUGGCUCGGUUGAGACACAUGCUGCCAAAUGAAAGGUUACAGCGGAACGCUUCGCAACAACAGAACAGUGGGGGGCCAACCAGAGCACGUACGUUUGGGCUGCGUCCCUCCUACGGCAACCCUGCAAGGGACAGAAUGAUGGCUCAAAACCUACAAUCGGCCAUACGCACUCGUAUUGAUGAAAUCAUCGCUUCGAUCCCUCAUUCGUGAUCUUACUUCUGUCUAAGAACAGGUCAUCUGUGAUUUUUAUAAGAGUAUUUGUAUAGUUUGAAUAUGUGUAAAUCAUAAAGUGGUCAGUCUGAAAAUCAGAUUCAAACUAAAACUUAAGCUUAAGUUCACUCACAUAUACAAGUUGGUUAUUUUUUAUUAUCUGGUUUGAAGACAGACUUGGUUGAAAAAGCAGUGGGUUAUGUAUGGGUGAAACUGAACAUUCAUCUUCAAAUUCAGCCUCUCAAGUACAUCCAAUUUUGAUAUUCAUAAAUUGUAAUUAUUGUAUGUAAGAGAUACACAACAGUUAUCCAUAAAAUGGUAACUGUUAUUACUGAGAUCUAAUACUUUACCCUCUCUCUUUUCACUAUUUGUGGUAACUUAUCCAAAUUUGAACUGCAAAAAUUGCUUUUAAAACCAAAUUUUGGGUUGGAGAAUAAAAGUUCAUUGUGCUCAUUAUUACUACUUCAGGGGAAAUGUUUAUGUUCCUGUGCUUGCUAAUGCAAGACAAAUUUUGUAUUCAUUUAUUAAUUUAUUGAAAGAAUGUAUAUAACCUAAAUGUGUUAGCAAUGUAUAUGUGUAAGAUUGCUUUAUGUUUUUUUCUUUAUUUAUGAACUGUUCUAUAUAUUUUAAUAAAGUAUAUUAUUGUAUAAAUAA